AUUGAAGCCUCCGCGCGUGACUGGCCGGGCCGAUGGGCCGCGCCGGCCGCCUCCUCCUCCUCCUCCUCGUGGCCGGGCUGCUGGGCGGCUGCCGGGGCCGGGAAGUUGCCCUGCUGGACUUUGCCAAGGCGCAGGGGGAUCUCGGCUGGCUGCACCAUCCCUACGGCCAGGGGUGGGAUCUUCUGCAGAACGUGAUGAACGAGACUCUGAUCUACAUCUACUCCGUCUGCAACGUGAUGGAGGGUGACCAGGACAACUGGCUGAGGACCAACUACAUCUACCGUGGCGAGGCGCAGCGGGUCUUUGUUGAGCUCCACUUCACUGUCCGGGAUUGCAACAGUUUCCCCGGCAGCAGGACGGGCGCCUGCAAGGAAACCUUCAACCUCUACUACGCCGAGUCGGACGUGGACUAUGGCACCAACUUCCAGAAGCGGCAGUUCCGCAAGAUCGACACCAUUGCCCCCGACGAGGUCACCGUGCGCGAGGACUUUGCUGCCCGCAACGUCAAGAUCAACGUGGAGGUGCGCUCGGUGGGGCCCCUCUCACGCAAGGGCUUUUACGUGGCCUUCCAGGACAUCGGGGCUUGCGUGGCCCUCCUCUCCGUCCGGAUCUACUACAAAAAGUGCCCCCUCGUGCUCCACAACUUGGCCCAGUUCCCCGAGACAGUGGCUGGUGCCGACUCCCAGGCCCUGGCCAAGGUGCAGGGGGCGUGUGUGGCGGGCGCGGUGGCAGCAGCAGAGGAACCCACCAUGCACUGCAAUGCUGACGGCGAGUGGCUGGUGCCCAUCGGGGCGUGCCUUUGUCGCCAGGGCCACGAGCAGGAAGGGGAUAGUGGCUGCAGAGCCUGCCCCGCUGGUUUCUUCAAGCCGGACAUCUCCAACAGCGCCUGCUCAAAGUGCCCCUUGCACACGCUGCCAUCUUCUGAGGGUGCCACCUUGUGCCCCUGCCAGGAAGGCUAUUUCCGGGCCUCGAGUGACCCAGUCUCUCUGCCCUGCACACGCCCGCCCUCUGCUCCGUGGGGCGCCAGAGCAAUAGGUUUGGGGGCCAAGGUGCAGCUGCGCUGGUCCCCGCCUCAGGACACCGGGGGCCGCCAGGACAUCACCUACAGCGUGACAUGCCAGCAGUGCGGGCCGGAGGCAGGGGAAUGGCAGCCCUGCGAUGCCGCCGUCCGGUACUCAGAGGAGGCUCGUGCCAUGACCGGCACCUCCCUCACCAUCAGCGACCUGGAGCCACACGUCAACUACACCUUCACGGUGGAGGCCAGGAAUGGCGUGUCCUCCUUCAGCCCGAAGCGGAGCUUUGCGGUCACCAGCAUCAGCAUCAACCAGACAGAGCCUCCGCGAGUGACCUCCGUGACCCUUGCGAGCCGCUCCGCCACCAGCCUGGCCCUCUCGUGGACAGUCCCUCUCCGGCAGCAGAGGCAGGUCUUGAAAUAUGAGGUCACCUACAGCAAGAAGAAGGAUGAGAGCAGUUAUUCGGUGGUUCGCUGUGAAGGCAGCUCGGUGACCCUGCUGAAGCUGACCCCAAGCACCAAAUACCUGGUGCGAGUUCAGGCACUGACCCAGGAGGGCCACGGGCCCUACAGCAUGGAGCACGAGUUUGAGACACUUGAUGAAGGCUCUGAAGGCAGAAGCACUGCCGCAGUGCUCGGGGGCUCCAUUGCUGGCCUCACCCUCAUGGCGUUUGUGCUGCUGGCCGUUGUCCUGUUCAUUCGCCAGCGGAAGAAGAACUUGCGAGCACGACAGACGUCAGAGGACGUUUACUUCUCCCGGAAUGAGCAGCUGAAGCCACUGAAGACGUACGUGGACCCGCACACCUAUGAAGACCCCGGGCAGGCUGUGUUGAAGUUCACCACAGAGAUCCCGUCCUCCUGUGUCUCCCGGCAGAAGGUCAUCGGGGCAGGUGAAUUUGGGGAGGUCUACAAGGGGGUCUUGAAGCAGGGCAAGAAGGAGCUGCCGGUGGCCGUCAAGACGCUGAAGUCGGGCUCCACGGAGAAGCAGCGCGUCGACUUCCUGAGCGAGGCCAGCAUCAUGGGCCAGUUCAGCCACCCCAACAUCAUCCGCUUGGAGGGCGUGGUCUCCAGAUCGAAGCCUUUCAUGAUCCUGACGGAAUACAUGGAGAAGGGAGCCUUGGACAGGUUCCUGCAGGAGAAAGAUGGGGAGUUCUGUGCCAGCCAGCUGGUGGGCAUGUUGCGGGGCAUCGCUGCAGGCAUGAAGUACUUGGCCAGCAUGAACUACGUCCACCGGGACUUGGCUGCUCGCAACAUCCUGGUCAGCAGCCAGCUGGUCUGCAAAGUCUCGGACUUUGGCCUCUCUCGGGUGUUGGAGGAGGAUGCUGAUGCCACCUACACCACCAGCGGUGGGAAGAUCCCCAUCCGCUGGACAGCGCCUGAGGCCAUCUCACACCGGAAGUUCACCUCUGCCAGUGAUGUCUGGAGCUAUGGGAUUGUGAUGUGGGAGGUGAUGUCGUAUGGGGAAAGGCCCUACUGGGAGCUCUCCAACCACGAGGUCAUGAAGUCCAUCAACGAAGGCUUCCGGCUCCCGGCCCCCCUGGACUGCCCCUCCGCCAUCUACCAGCUGAUGCUGCAGUGCUGGCAGCAGGAGCGCAGCCGCCGGCCCAAGUUCAGCGACAUCACCAGCCUCCUGGACAAACUCCUCCGCUCCCCCAGCUCCCUCCAGCCCUUGGCAGACUUCGACCCUCGGGUCUCCAUCCGUCUGCCCAGCACCAGCGGCUCCGAGGGCACCCCCUUCCGCACAGUGGCUGACUGGCUGGAGUCCAUCAAGAUGCGCCAGUACACCGAGCGCUUUGCGGCCGCCGGCUACGACCACAUUGAGCAGGUGGUCCAGAUGACCAGCGAGGACAUCCAGAGGACUGGGGUGCGCCUCCCUGGACACCAGAAGCGCAUUGCCUACAGCCUCCUGGGCUUGAGGGAGCAGCUCAGCGCCGUGGGCCUUCCCCCGUGAGGCCGCCUGGCCCCUCCUGCCGGUGGCUCCCCCCCUCCCCCAGGCAGGACCUCUUUCCUGGGACAUACUUGAAGUGGAGGAUCCAGGUGCCAAAGGGAGUGGAGCAAGUGCCUCUCUCGCAGCUGAGCUCCUCCGUAUUUAUUGCUGUGGACAGAGAGAGCAGAAGAGGCGCCCGGCUGAGGGGUGGGUUCUUGCUGGUGCCACAUAGAGCUGGCCAAAGUGGGCGCUUCUCUCUCUGGUGCUGUCUGCUCCACCAGCCCCGCCCCCCCUAUCCUGAGGGCCUUUGGAGGUGCAAAACUGGCCCGUGGCAGGUUGGUGUUUUUGCAGAGAGACUGGAGAAGGGACCACCUGGAGCGCGGCAGAGUCCUGAGGAGUCUUCCUGGUUCCUGGGAGGCGGGCUGCUGGCAGCCUCGAGCCCCAGGUCCCCUUCACCUCCUCCUCUGCGUGGGGCUGGCUGGAAGGAAGCCACGAGCGAGUCUUGGCAGCACCAGGCCAGUCAGCAUUGAUGUGGGCUUGGUCUGCCCCACGUGUGUGGGGGGGACUCUGGGGCCUGGCCUGGCUUGUUCCUUUGAAGGUCCCAAUUCCAUUCCGGCAAGGAACAGCUGCCAGGGGCGGAGCGUGGCUCUGCUGGGCCCUUUCCUGUGUCUUCCUCCUCCCUUCGAGCACAUGGGCUGAAUCCUGGCCAGGCCCUCGAGCGGUCAAGUGUUCUAGCCCUGAAGGGGUUUUUCCGGGCCGGGCCUCCUGCCCUCUUGCCUGUUCUGUUUCUCCUCCCGCCCCAUGAUGCACUCCUGUUCUGCUGACCGUUCUGCCGUCAGUCUUAUUCUCGUCUUUUUAAAAAAGAAAAUGUAAUUUAUUUUUGUAUAUUUAUUGAUGAAAGAAAACAGAUCACCCAUUUUGCAGUUCAUGAUAACUCAUGCACAGUUUUCAGCAACACUUGCAAAAAAGUGUCCUUCUGGUGUGCCGGAGUCUUGUUCUCUGGGUUUAAUAAACGUUUAUUCUUGAAGAAAAAA